AGAGACACACUCAAGACCCAUUCCUUCCCCCCCAUCCGGCCCAGAGUCAUUCACGGUCUCGGGCACGUAGAGGGAAGUCCAGUCUAGCAGUAUCCCAUCGAGGGCACUUGCAUCAGGUCUCACACCCACAAACAAGCGACACAACCACUCUCAAUCCAGGGAGGAGACAGGGCCAGCGAGAAAAAAAAAGUUCCAACCCGAGCUCAAGCGUAAGAGGCCUUCUACCUCAGCGGCCUCUCUUCCUCUAGCUUGUACUCAAGGGAAGCAAGUCUCUCCUUCUGUAUCCAAAAGGGACCGAGAGCAUUUCCAGCAACAGAGACGCGCUUGACCGAAUGAGCGACUCCAAGGCGUCUUCUGCACAAGACAAACCACGCACCCAGCAAAAAGCUGUCUUUAGCUAUGCCAGAGCUGCACAGGGAAAGCAAACGGCUCAGGCGGCUCCAGUAGCUGCAUCGCCUGCAUCUGAGCAAGGUGCGAAUGGUGGCAAAUCAAACACGCCCAGUGCUGCUGCGCCGGCUGCUGUAGCGGCUCCUUCUCCAGCACAAGGAACACCACCUGCUGCAUCUACGCCUGCCGCUGUAGACACAAAACCGGAAUCAACGGCAGCAGCUUCGACCCCCGCAGCACGAGAUUCAAAAGCGACGACCGGCCCAGCCUCAACCGGCGGCAGCGGCCACCAGAAGGGAGCGAGCAGUGGCGUGCACAUGCCUCCUCGUAAGCAAGAAUCAGGCACACCAGCGAGUGUCCAAUUUGGUAACUUCUCAAAUGCCGCUGGACCCGGCACACCUGGACCGGUCUCACAAGAGUCACCGGCACCUGGCAAAGCACAACCCGUUGCAUCAGGAGGUGCACCGCCGCGUGUCGUUCAGAAGCAGGACAUCCCUCAAUUCGGCUCCUUUGAAAACAAUGAGAAUAAGCCAGUGCAUUCACGCACAAACUCUGAAUCGUCUGAAUUCAGGCCAAGCGGUAUGCCCAACUACAACCAGGGCCCUCAGCAAGGCUACUACGGACAAGCACAACAAGGCAGCUACGGCUAUCAAUCAGGCUAUUCACCAGCUAUGCCAGGUUAUCGUGGUCCUCACCGUGGUGGCAUGAACCAAUUCAACCAACCACGUCAUACACCCGGCCGUCCUUCACAAGCAGGAGCACCUGGUGGCCCUGCCGGUAAUAACGCAGCCAUGGCAUCUCCUCGUCCAGGCGGUGCAGCUGUCAAUAGUCCACACUCAACACCACAACAGCAACAUGCUCAAAUGUCGGGCAUGGGUUCACCCAUGGGAUCACCUAUGUAUGGCAAUUACGCACAAAUGCAUGGACAAGGUAUGUAUGGCUACCCAAACUUUUCUCCUGCGUAUUCCGGACAAGGCGGUUAUGGCGGUUACCCACAAUCCGGACAUCUGCAAGGCGGACAACAACCAGGUGGUUAUAUGAAUCAACAAGGCAGAGCUAUGCCGUAUGGCGGUCCACAAACACCGGGUGGUUCACAGCAAGGGAACCCCGGUGGCAACCAAUACCAGAACCCAAACUUGCAAUCACUUGUGCCGCGUGCUGGUGGUGGUGGUGCAUCCUUGUCGGAUAGGUCGACUGGCACACCUCAACAAUCUACCGCACCAACCUUCACCACACCCCGCAAGUCUGCUGCUAUUCGCAUCACACGACCUGAUACAAAGGAAGAAGUCAUCUUACCCAAAGCUGAACCAAAACGUGCAUCUGCUGCAACGCCUGCUACUGCUGCUAUGACGGGUACGACUGUGCCUGCUGCAUCAGCAAGUCCUGCACCUAGCAGCACGAAGACUGAUCGUCCUGCGUCUUCUGCAAGUAUCCCAAAGAGUUCAACACCGGCACCGGCUGUUGCCGUACAAGAAACACCAGAACAGAUCAAGGCAAAGAAUGAAGCAACUCGACUAGCAUUCGCUGAAAAAGUGGCUGCACGACGUGCUGAGAGUUCUGCGAAGGUGGAUGAAGCCGCUGCUGCCCAGAAGAAGGAGGAAGACUCAACAGCCGCUGCGGCUGCUACUGCUGCGGCUGCUUCUGCUCAAAAAGAAGCGGAUGAGAAGAAGGUUGCUGAGAAGGAAGCUAAGGAUAAGGCUGACAAGGAAGCUGCUGCUGCUGCGACGGCCGCAAAGGCAAAAGCAGAUGCUGAUGCGAAAGCUGAGGAAGAGGCGAAAGCCAAGACUAAAGCUGACGAAGAGGCUGUUGCCGCUGCUAAGAAGGCUGAAGAGGAAGAAGAAAAAGCCAAGAGUCAAGCUGCUUCCAAGUCUGCUGAGCCUGAAUCGUCUGCCUCUGCUUCGCUCGAUACGAUUGCUGAGCCAGCUGCUGCGGAUCAGACGUGUGAUGUCGUGGAAACGAAGCAUGUGGACGAGGAUGCCAAAAAGCUCACUGUGGAUACCGCCAAAGCCACUGAACCCGCUGCGCCUUCACAAAUGCUCGCUUGUCUCGAAAAGUCAAGCAAGAUUGAUGACUUGAAGAGCGUCAUAUACCCAAGUGGCAUCAAUGCGCCACUUGCAUCGCUCAAUGCCAAUGCCACGGGCGGCAAGUUCAAGUACGACAAGGAGUUUUUGCUGCAAUUCCAAAAGGUCUACACAGACAAGCCCAUGUCCAAUUGGGAUGAGCGGUUGAAGGAGACGAUUGGCGAUAUGGAUAGUCGUGGCGGUAAGCCUGGUAUGGGUGGUCGUUCUGGCUCAAAUCGUGGUACACCCACCACUGGCUCACCCUUCAGUGGUUCUGGCCUACCAAACUUCAACCCAAAGCCCCUCGGUAGCUCAGCAGACCGGUUUUCACAGUCUACCAAGAUGUUGUCGAAUGGUAUUGAUCCAAAGCUUGCAUUGGGUACUCAGCCAUUUGAGCGUGGCGCAACGUUCAAGCCCGGAAUGGCGCGUACCAAUACACUCCCUCCACCACGCGCAGAUUCAAAGCGUGGCGGUAAGCCAGGUGCGAUGGGUGGUCGUGUGCCAAGUAAUCGACCAGACAAGAAUCAAGUAGGCGCACCCACCAUUGCUCCGGAAGAUGUCAAGCCUCUCGCGAACUCUGGCAACAGGUGGCAACCGAAACGUGCGGCUGCCGAGUCUGAGCCUCUACCGGGUGGCGAGGAUACACAAAUGGCGCCAGAGAUGGUACAGCGUAAAGUCAAAGGUCUCCUCAAUAAGCUUACGGUGGACAACUUUGAUCGUAUCUCGGAUCAGAUUUUGGAGAUUGCAAGUCAAUCCAAGAAUGAAACAGAUGGACGGACGCUGCGUCAAGUGAUUGCACUCACGUUCGAAAAGGCAACGGAUGAGGCGCAUUUCAGUAACAUGUAUGCUCGCUUCUGCCGCAAGAUGAUGGAGACGAUUGAUCCUUCCGUCAGUGAUGACAGUCUCAAGAAUAAAGACGGUGUGCCAAUCACCGGAGGUGUCUUGUUCAGAAAGUAUCUGCUCACGCGUUGUCAGGAAGACUUUGAGCGUGGUUGGAAGUCACAAUUGCCGCCUAAGCCUGAGGGCGAGGCACAAACUGAAGAGGCAGCCAUGUUGUCUGAUGAGUACUACAUUGAGGCUGCCGCAAAGCGUCGUGGUCUUGGUCUCGUUCGCUUCGUUGGAGAAGUCUACAAACUUGGCAUGCUCAACGAGAAGAUUAUGCACCAAAUUAUCGUCAAGUUGCUCUCGAAUGUCAAGGAGCCUGAGGAGGAUGAGGUUGAGUCUGUUACAAAGCUCAUCACUACAGUCGGUGCUUCAUUCGAUGCGUCAGAGCGCGGAGCUUCUUUGAUGAAUGCGUAUGUUGUGCGUUUGGAGGAGAUGGCGGAAAACAAAAACAUUUCUUCUCGUCAUCGCUUCAUGCUCAUGGAUGUGCUUGAUUUGCGCAAGGCCAAGUGGAUCGGUGGUGCUGACACCAAGGGUCCAAAGACCAUUCAAGAGAUUCACGACGAAGCAGCGAGAGCGGCAGCUGCCAAGGAAGCUCAGCGUGGACCUUCACAUCGGGGUGGACCUCCUGGUGGCGGUGGCGGUCGAAUGGAGUUUGGUCGCGGGGAUGUCCGUUCUGGCUCGAGACGUCAAGAAUCACAUGGCCCAACCAUCACUACUUCUGCUGAUGGAUGGAAGUCUGUUCGUUCUGCGGGUGAUCUCGCCUCAUUUGGCAAGUUUGCCGAUCGUUCUGCAUCGAAGCAGUCGUCGUUUGGUCCUGGUGGCAGUUUGGCGCAGAAUGCUAGAAAUACGGCGCCUGGACGGAGUGCCGCUGGCUCAAGGAAUCCAUCGCAUGCUGGUACUUCGAGGGAGGACUCGCGCACCAUGUCGCAACAGCCUGCGAAUGCGUUUGCUGUGCUGCAAGGUGAUGAUGGUGAGCCCAAGGAUGAAGAAGAGACGGCUGCUGCGACAGAAGAGUCUUCUGCAGGUCGGCCGCGACUCAACUUGCUACCAAAGGGCGCGACGCCCGGUGAGGAGGAUGGCGAGGCGACACCCACGGAGGAUGGUUCAAGUCGGCCAAGACUCAGUUUGUUACCAAAGGGAGCUACGUCUGGUGAAGAGCCAGUCAUGGCACCCAAGUCGACUGAUGAAGGCUCCGAGAAGGACGACACGGAGGACGCAGAGAAUGAGGAUGAGCCAGCAGAGACGGAUGAGGCUGAUAAUGAGCGCGACUAAUGUUCAUGGGAGGCUCGACAGCAUUGACGUGUGUGGACAAGCAUAUUAUUCACAUCUUUCACCCGCAAAAGCGUGCCAUCUCUCGCAUUCAGCUGGUACGCAACUUAGACUAUGCAUAGCCUUUUGAUUUGUUUUAAAGUAUGCAAGGAAUUCAAUACAUCAUGUC